GAUUCACGAUCAAGAGAAAUUUGUUACACUUUCUAAAUUAUUAUUAGUCAAAACAUGUACAAUGUGAAUUAGAUUUAAUAACAAAACAUUCAUUGUAUUUGACUGAAAUGGUCUACAGAACCAAGAUUGGUUCAAAAUUUGACAAUUACCGAUUAGUGUCUUCAAUUACUUGAUGAUUCAUGCUGGCCAUUAAGUUAUAGAUAGACUGUGAAUAAUGUUGAUUUAUCCGUUGUCGGAACUCAUAUGCUGAUUUAUAAGUCAUUAUCACUUAAGAUUUGAAAACCAUUGAACACUGCCCUACAAUUGCUGCGUAAAGUUUUCAGAACCUCUGAUCAUUAAAAUAACCCAUAGUGUCAUUGAAUAAGAAAAAGAGAAUUCAGCGAAUAAAAUUUUCUUCUCGACGAAAUCAUUUACUUAAGCUGUACAUUCGUAUACAUAGUUAUAUGGAAAAUAUAUGUCUAUAGGAGGAUAGAAAAGAUUGCAUCAUAAAUUGAUUCGAGAUUAAAUAUCAAAUGAGGUUGCGUACUAAUCAAGGUGUAAUGAAGAAAAUAAUUUAUGGGUCAGAUAUGCAGAAAAACGACAAACAUAACCCUCUGAUCAAUAAAUAGAGACUUCAGCCACGUAGAUGUUAAGAUAUUCCUGAAUUUGUAUAUAGUGUUUUAUCGACCAUAACUCGAGGAUCGCACACAAGCGGUCAUCAUCUGCUUGAGAAAAGACUGAAUUUUUGAGGAAGUUUAAAGGACUGCAGCUAUAUUGAUUCCUGAGAUCUCAAAGCUUGCGUAUAAUAAGAGACUGGUUAAAUUAAACCUAUUCCAUCUAUCACACACAAUAACAAUGGGUGAAUCAAUCACAGUCUUUAAACUAGUAAUAACUAUGCAUCUGAUAUGUCCUUACUUUAUUCUUUCUGAAGAGAGAAUCUGCAAAGAUAUUCCUAAAAUGCUAAUAGAUCUAGAACCGAUUACUUGUCAGCCAACUACCGACUUUCCCUGUGUCAUCAACCAAUGAAACUUAUUCUAACACGUACUUGGGUUCCUAUCUGUCAGCCCAUUCUGAAAAUUUUGGAUCAACAGAGGGGCUCCGAUCGUCAGGACUAACACAGGCCAUUGAUUGACCUUAAUUAAACACUGGUUUUAUCACAUCGUGUUUCAUAGCGCCAAGUAACCGCAUAUAAAACUUGGAGAUUAUUGUGGUUGUUUAAACUGGUAGUCAUUGUGCGCUUGACGACAAUUGCUUUGAAGCAAUUGAAUCCAAAUUUUAUGAUGAUGAUAACACUCAUCUAAGAUCUUACUUUCGCGACAAUUAUUCUCCCCGUAAAAUUUAGACCUUCAUUGUUUAGUUUUACUUCAGCGAGAGAGAAUUGUUCAAAAAAGAUUAGUUCUAUGCACAAUUGAUUUAUCUAAAUAAUUAUCAGUGUGGGGUUGUGGAUAUUAUUGAGUUUGGAUUGCGAUAAUGAAUCGAUUAAUGUUAGACCACCGUUGAAAACCUGGAAGAACUGAACAGCCGUUUCGUCCCAGUAUGAGACUUCUCAGCAGUACUCAUCUACGAUUCGGCGCAUGGUAAUCGAACCAGUGGAGUUAAUCUGUGUCGGGUAGAGACAGGUAUCUACCUCAGACGAUGGAAGAUGGUCGCACAAAUUCUUGGAUUGGUUGAAGUUGGACGUUAAUGCUGUUGGAUGCCGGCUCUCUGGUCUAGAGUUCAAGCGUUCGCGCGCGAGACCUAAGGUACCGGGUUCGAUUCCCACGCUCGGAAUCGUGGAUGAGUACUGUUGAGAAGUCUCAUGCUAGGACGAAACGGCUGUUCAGUGCCUCCAGGUUUUCAUCGGUGAUCCAACAUUCAUCGAUUCAUAAUCUCAAUCAAAACUUAUCUAAACAAGUUGGUAAAUGGAUCAUAUGCAGUACCAAAUUUAUUUAUUAUUUUUGUCAGUAAUAUCAUUCGAUAAAAUUAUUUAAAUUAUGCUUUGUUUUUGUUAUUAUAUUCAAACAAUAAAUGUGUUUUCGGUUGACAAGCUUUAUCCUCUUGCAAACUGAGAAAUAUUUAAAAAAGCAUUGAAAUUCUCAUUUUGUCCCAGAGUAAAUUAUGAAACUGAUUAUUACAUUAUAUCCCGAAUUAAAGUGAUCGAUGAAACGAUCUAUUUAGUAAUGAAACUAUCAAAACGGAUUUAUUCUGUUCAUAUAUGUGUGAUUGAUGCAUAGAUAGAUUAUUUCCUUAAUUUGCUUUUAGCAUUAGUUGAUUAUGAAAAUUAUAUAUACCAUGAAAAGAAAUGGGUAUCACAAUGAAUAUUAUCCAAUGUUAUGCACCCACCAAUGAUAGCAACGACGACAUUAAAGAUCAAUUCUACGAGCGGCUGCAGUUAAUUAUAGAGAAGUGCCCAAGAAACGACCUCACCAUUCUGAUGGGAGAUCUAAAUGCCAAAGUCGGAAUAGACAACACCGGAUGUGAAGAUAUCAUGGGACGACAUAGACUGACUGGGAGAGAGAAACGAAAAUGGAGAAAGAUUUGCAAAUCUGUGUGCAUUCAACAAAUUGGUCAUAGGAGGCACAAUAUUUCCACACAAACGUAUACACAAAGUUACAUGGGUCUCAUCGGACCACACUACAGAGAACCAGAUAGAUCAUAUUUGCAUCAACAAAAAAUUCCGAAGGACAAUGGAAGAUGUGAGAACCAGGAGAGGUGCUGACGUAGCUUCAGAUCACCACCUAGUUGUGGCCAACUUAAAAUUGAAGCUAAAGAAAAACUCGACAACUGGACAAACAGCACUACAAAGGUUCAAUACAGCCUUCCUUCGAGAUACUAACAAAAUCAACGAACUCAAGAUAGCUCUAAACAACAGGUUCCAAACCUUACAGGAUCUACUGAAGGAAGAAGAAACUACUAUGGAGGAUAACUGGAAAAGUAUCAAAGAAGCAUUAAUUUCAACGUGUCAAGAGGUUCUGGGUCUAAAGAAGCACCAUCAUAAGGAAUGGAUCUCUAUAGAAACACU